UCCACUUUGGUGGUGCCAGUGUGAGCCAUCCAUAAUGGUUUCUCCUGCGCUUAUUUUGUUCUCCAGUCUUCUCUUCCAUGUUGCUAUUGCAGGACGAACCUGUCCCCAGCCAGAAGUGUUGCCAUUUGCUGAUGUCGUUCCAUUCAAAACUUAUUACCUCCCAGGAGAGCAGAUCCAAUACUCCUGUAAGCCAGGCUAUGUGUCUCGGGGAGGGAUGAGACGGUUUACUUGUCCUCUCUCAGGAAUGUGGCCAAUCAACACUCUGAAAUGCACACCCAGAGUAUGUCCUUUUGCUGGAAUCCUAGAAAAUGGAUCUGUACGCUAUACAACUUUUGAAUAUCCCAACACGAUCACUUUUACUUGUAACCCAGGGUUUUACCUGAAUGGCACGAAUUCUGCUAAAUGCACGGAGGAAGGGAAAUGGAGUCCGGAACUUCCUGUCUGUGCUCCCAUAUCCUGUCCUCCACCACCAAUACCUAAGUUUGCAACACUUCAGGUUUACAAGCCAUCAGCUGGAAACAACUCAAUGUACAGGGACACAGUAGUCUUUGAAUGUUUGCCACACCAUGCCAUGCUUGGAAAUGAUACAAUUACUUGCACAGAACAUGGAAAUUGGACUGAAUUACCAGAAUGCAGGGAAGUAAAAUGCCCAUUCCCAUCAAGACCAGACAAUGGAUUUGUGAACUACCCUGCCAAACAAGUCCUUCUUUACAAGGAUAAAGCCACAUAUGGUUGCCACGAAACCUAUACCUUGGAUGGUCCAGAAGAAGUUGAAUGCACAGAGCUAGGAACCUGGUCUGCCCAGCCAAACUGUAAAGCAUCUUGUAUCUUAUCUGUGAAAAAAGCCACUGUGCUCUACCUAGGGGAAAGAGUAAAGUUCCAAGAACAAUUUAAGAAUGGAAUGAAGCAUGGAGACAAGGUUUCUUUCUUUUGCAAAAAUAAGGAAAAGAAAUGUAGCUACACAGAGGAGGCCCAGUGCAUAGAUGGCUUCAUUGAAAUCCCCAAAUGUUUCAAGGAACACAGUUCUCUGGCUUUCUGGAAAACUGAUGCAUGGGAUGUAAAACCAUGCAUAGAUGAAUAGAUCAUCUUCAGACUCAAAAUUAAACAUCCUAUUUCUGUCUCUGUUUGUCCAACGAAUCCAAUGAAAGUAGAAGAAUAAAAUUACUGAAUUCAUUGCC